GUGUGACUCUUUCAGAUCGUGCUGUUCUCAUUUCUCCGCAGACUCGACACACUUUUAAUUCCUCGUUCUGCUCUGAUUUAGCCACCGUGUGUGGUUUGUAGAACCGGGCCGGUCCUCGGAGGGUUCGGAGGGAGUCGUUCCGCCUCGCGCUGCUCGGAUCCGGAUCCUUCACGGCAGCUUAGCGGCGUUAGCAGCAUUAGCAUCCAGACAUGGCGGAGGUUCCCGGGACGUCGAGCGAAACGAUCACCGAGACGGUCCAGACCAGCACCCCGCCUCCACCCGCUCAGGAGGGACGGAGUCUGACCAUCAAGCUGAGGAAAAGGAAGACUGAGAAGAAGGUGGAGUGGUCCAGUGACACCGUGGACAACGAGCACCUGGGGAGGAGGUCCUCCAAGUGCUGCUGUGUGUAUGAGAAGCCCCGGCAGUUCGGAGAGUCGUCCUCAGAAAGCGAGGGGGACGAGGACGACGAAGGCUGCGGCAGCGCCCACUGCAUCCUGGGCCACGGUCGGAGAGGCGCCGGACAGAGGGGGGGGGGCGGCGGCACGGCGCCCCCAAACUCUGGGGGCCCACACAGCCACUGAGGAGCCGGCCCCACCACCUUCUCCACCUCCACCUCCACCUCCACCUCCACCUCCACCCAUCACAGACCUGCACUCUGCUUUAGCCUCAUGCUGUGUCGAGUCAGCAGCCCCCCGCCCUGCCCCCCUGCCCCCACCCCCCCGCCCUGCCCCCCUGCACCGCCCCGCCCCGCCCCGCCCUGCCCCCUGCACCGCCCCGCCCCGCCCCCUCACUGUGGAUGACUGAAUCGGGCUCCUGGACGUCCUGCUGUCUGAGCGCUGGCUGUAUGGCCCGUGCAGAGCCAGAAGCGGUUGUAGAGGGUUUCUGCUGCUCCUAACCCUCAGGGGUCAGAGGUCAGCCAGGAGGUCCUUCCCCUCAUCUCCAGGCAGACUGCUGACGCCGCAUGUUUCAGGAGAGUUCCUGUCUGGAAGCAGAGCCAGGUCACAGAGUGAGCUGCAGCCCCCCCCCCCCCUGACGGUUCGGGCAGGCUGCAGCUCAGCGCUGUCACCUGGACCUUCCUCCGUUCUGUGCGGCCGCUUUGGACAGGCGCUGGCUCGUUGUUCUCAGGAGACGCCACAGGAAGCUCUGAGCGCCGCGCCGCCGGGGCUCCAGGUCCCGGCGGCGCGGCGUCCUCGCUUCAUCAGCGUCACGGCCCCGCCUGUGGGGUCAGAGGUCAGUGGACACAUCCCGGCGUGUGUGACCCCUUUAAAGGACGAUUCAGGAGGAAGACGCAGGACUGACUGAUGACGUGGAGGGAAGCCUCCUGAAGGCUGAGUGAUCAGAGGUGUGUGUGUGUGUGUGUGUGUGUGUGUGUGUGUGUGUGUGUGUG